CGGGCCUAAGAUAAGGCGGGGACGAUCCUAAAAUCUUUUCUGGAGGCUUGGAUCAAGACAACCGGUAAAUAGGCUUGGCAGACGAACUGGUAAUAAUUGAUAUACGGUAACUUUCUUCGGCAGUGGGUGCCGGAGCUGGAGGGGGCUAAAGGUCUUCGACGGUAUGAUAAACUGAGUUGCCCCCAGGAAGCAGCCCUGUUCCAAGCUUGUAUGGGUAAGAUAGGCUUUAACAGCUUCCUUGUCUUUAUUAAACGGACAGACAAUCCGGGCUGCUUCUGCGGGGAGGCCCCGGAGACCGUGCACCAUGUUCUUCUGAACUGUUCUUGCUAUAGGGCUCUUUGGAGGGCUGGCGGAGACUCUAACCCUGGCCCCCUACAAACACUGGCGGAGGCGCUUACCGAGCUGUAGUGGGUAAAGCAAACAACCAUAUUCCUUCUGGUAACUGGCCGGCUGUUUUAUCUGCUAUCAACGGCACCGGUGGUGGCAUUGAUGCCGGAGGCAGGCUCCGAGGCA